AUGAUUUAUCAUGUGUACAUGCACAACUCCAAUGACAUUCCUUAUGCGUUACAAGGAUUCAAUGCCCAUGAGCAACAAAUUUUGGAAAGCAACCUGCAAACCAUUGAACGGCUUACUAGCGACUGCGUCCGAUUUAGGGAACGCAGAUCUGAGCAGGAAUUCAUUAAAAUUCAGCGUUCCACCGGAUUUCCAGCAAUUUGUCAAGCGGGAAUCGGCCGCCAUGCCGGCCGUCCAACCCCAGUCAGACUGCAUUCGCAGUGUUUAACACCCGGCAUCAUACAGCACGAAAUCCUGCAUGCAUUGGGAUUCCUGCAUGAGCACAGCCGCCCGGAUCGGGAUGAGUACAUCAGUAUAGUGGCCGGUAAUAUGCGGUCGGAGAUUAGAGAGAGCGACUACCAGAAAAUGCCGAAAAUGGCCACGUUUGGCCUGCCCUACGAUACGGAGUCCAUCAUGCACUACGGCAACGAAGUGUCCAGAAGUCCCGACAAACCAGCCAUCGUUUCGAAGAGAACCCCGCCGCCCCGCUGGAUGGGACAAGAUCAUGGUCUGAGUCCGCUGGAUAUGGCCAAGAUUAGGGCUGCGUACAAUUGCUCCCGAAUGGCGGAUGUCUCACGAGUGACGAAUCAGGACGCUUCAGCUUGCUCUACUUGUGCCAUAGAUGCUGACCAUGAGGAAAGCGAAGACUUUGCCGUUGCCGAACGAGAUCUCUCGUUCGUAUUUCCCGUGCCCAGCAUGGAGGCAAUACCGUUUACAGACGAGCAGUGUGAACGGCAAUUUUCCGCAGUCUGUAACAGCAGCUGGCUGCACAACAAGAUUGGAUCGGACCAUCGCUGCGAUCCUCAACUUCCCUAUUACGCUGUGGAGUGCCACACGGCGACUGCCCCGACAACCGCUCUCCUGGCCACGUUCCGCCGCAUGGCACUGCCGCCGGCGCGAAUGAUUGAGCUGCUGCUGCAUGACUCUCUCCUUCUGCGCGGUGAAACGCUGCAACCGAUCCGCUUGCAGGUGAUGAGGUUGGUUGUAGACGAUUGUCAUGCUCCCCGCAUGACGGGGAAACUACACGGAAUGUCGCUCAGCAAUAUGUUGACCUUCGAAGUCAGGCAUUGCUCCCGCGGCCUGGUCAUACGCCGACAGGACUUCAAUACAUCGCACAAGUUGCGCAUAAUUGCAUUUCUGAAUUGUGUGAUACAGUCGGUGGAGGCGGAUAGUUUCUUCUAUUUGCUCGAUCUGCGUGUAUUAACCCUGGAACGGGACACAUCACCGGCGGAGGUCAAGAAGCAGCGUUGUCACCCGCGUUUCGCCUGGUAUCGGCAGUGGCUAUCCAGACAUUCCUAUCUGAUCAAGGACCGCGAACGGGGUGGUCUUUACAAGAUGAAACCUGACGCUUUCCAUGGACUGUGGAGUCCACAAUUUACGCAAACGUCCCUAUUCAGGCAGGAUGUCAGAUGCGACUGACGAUGUUUAAAACACCAUAUCGCACGAAAGAUGAUGUGGUAGCACUGUAACGAAGUGUAUUGUGAUUGUGCUAGAGUGAUAUACUCCUGAUUUUGUGUUUUAAAUUGGCGCACCGCGGACCGACUAGCCGAUCUCGUAAUAAUAACACCGAUUACAAAGGAGGAAAAAGAGUUCACGAAAGAAAACAUUUCUAGGAUUUAUGAAUUACAGAGACUUGUAAGAAUCGUCGCUAAUUCGAUAAAGACC